CAAUGUUUAUGUGGAUUCGUUCAGUGUUGUUUCAUUUUAUCUACGGAUCGUAUAAUUGUCAAGUUUUCAAUCCAUACAAUAAUAAAACGUCGUCCAUUUUUGUUGAAGAAACGAUAAUUAAUUGGAUGAGUUCGAGUGUGUUGUGUGAAAAAAUUUUUUUUUGAAAAAACUAAGCCCAAAUUUGUGUAUCAAAUUUUUAUCCAUUGAAUAUAAAAAACAAAACACAACCAACAGAAUUUAAAUAUGAAAAAGGUUGCCUUAAAAACAAUGCAAAUACCUAUAACGAUGAAUUGUGGGCCCACUAGAGCAGCCAAUUCGUGAAAAUAAAACGAAACAAAAAAAUAUAUAUAUAAAUCUGAUGAAUUAAUUCAUUGUAUUUGUAUAAAAUAUUUAAAUUCAAAAUAAUUUAAAGUUUAAAUUAAGGCCAAAAUAAAAUUAGUUUAAUAUUCGAAAGAAGAUUUCACCGCAAAGCAUACACACACACACACAACCGGCGUAACGUGAAGAGUAUAAUUUUUCUGCAAUUCAAACUGGUUCUCUUUUUUUUCGUCCACACAUUCAUACACACAAAAAAAUUAUAAAGAGAAAAAGCAUAAAUGUUUAUCGGCUACUUCAAUUAUAUAUCUAUAUAUAUAUGGGUUAUAUAUGAAUAGAUGAAAAAGGGAACAAAGUCCAAAGGCGUAUUAGAUUGAAUUUUCGAAUGCAAAAAAAAUCAUCUCUACUAUUUUAUUUAAAAAAAUAUAUAUACUGUUCAGAAUUAACAAUCAUCGAACUGACGUUGAACAUUUUUGGGAUAGUUUUGAUUUGAGAAUAAAAAAAAUUAAGCGCUAAAGAACAUUUUUGAGUGGGAAAAAUAGAACAAAAAAGGCUAUAAAAAUCAUACAAAUCAAAGAUAUAAAAAGUUUAAAUCACAAAAAAACAUACACACACAAAACAAUGUCGUCUGCCGAUCCAGAGAGUCAAUCAAUUUCAUCCGGCCGCUCCUUCCCAAUGUGGUUGAGAACGAAAACGGACAACAAGUUUGAUUUUGAUAAUCAAGCUAUAUCGCCACCGGCUCAUGAUGAAUCGUUUUUCUACAUUCGCUAUCCAACUGAUGCAUCGACAAAUGAUAAAAAAUCGUCAACCACAUCGAAUAGCAUCAAAUCAACAAUAAGUGACGCAAUCACAAAACAACAAUUCGACGUGAAGACCAAUCUCACAAAAGGAAGUUUUAUCGAACAGAAGAGUAUGGUUCAGCACACAGAACCGUGCAAAAAAUUCUUAAAUUCAAAAGAACGUGAGCUAAUCAUUGAUAACGUUAAACAUCCACCAAAACCAUUCGGAACUGACGACGGAUUCAAAGGAGCAGGCGCUGCAUGCGGUAGUUCUAUUGUAAAAGUUGCACAUCAGAUGGUUUCUGCUAAGUCCUUGGGAAGAGGAUUCGCCAUUGCAAAUACUCUAAGCAAAGAUUCUGAAGAAGUAUUACCUGAACCGAAUAUAAGCAACGAUCCAAUUGCGAAUCGUGAUUCGCCGCAUAACGAUCAAAUGUCGACAUCGUCCCGUUUAAUGGUACGUCGUGGAUCAAAAUCAUUGCCUGCAUCACCACUUGGAUCACCAAAAACAAUGCGUCGUUCAAAUAAUCCAUACUUUACCGGCACAUUUGCCAUUGUUAAUCAGCAACAACAGCAACAACAAAACAAUGCAACAAAUGCGCCAGACAGUUAUCGAGGAUGGUUCCUAUCGAGUUUGUUGGGCAUGCAGCGUGAGAAUAUGUCAUCAACAACAUCGGUUGCAUCGUCACAUAUCAGCGAAGAAGGCGAUGAUAUGCAUUCGCAAUCAAAAACAUCAUCAUCAACAUCAUCAUCGGCCGGUGCACCGAAAGUCAUCAAAGCCAAACCAUCCGAAUUGCGCGAAAUGAACUUUUGGACACCUACUUCAAUGUAAUUUUCAUCUACAUAUCCCGUAUUCAACAUCCACAUCCCUUGCAGCACACCAUCAUCGUAAUUCAUUUAUCCUUUAUACCCGAAUAAUGGACAGCUGCACGUCUAUAUUCGCCACAUACCCACUUUAGUUUUAAUCUUCUAUCAGAUCUUUAGCCAUUAAUUUCUCUUUUUUUGUGUUUAAUUCAGUUCUAUAGUUACGAUUUGGUUUUUUUUCUCUUCUUCUGUUAUUUUAUUCGUACCUUUCAUCGUAUGUUCAAUAAGCAAAAAAAAAUUCAUAUUGUUAUUCUCCACUGAUUAGAAAGUGUAUUCAUUGGUUAGAAGAAAAAAAAACAUCAACAAACACAACAUGUUUAAGCAAGUGCAUGGAAUAAGAGAUAAAAGAACUACAUAUUCAAUUUUAUUUAGAUAAAAAAAAAUCGUAGAGUUUUGUAAGUCGAAGACAUUUCGGAAUCAUUCAAUUUCAUCCGUUUAUUUUGAGAUUGUUGUUUUACUGGACGAGAUCUCUGUUUUUUCUGAUAUUUGACAAAAAAACAAAAAAAAAACAACUCAUUAUAAGGAUGAAGUCGUAGUGCUUUUGUAAAUUGUCUGGCAUUGGUUAAAAUUAAAUUGUCUUAAGAAGUGUUCAAAUUUCAAUCAAAUUAAUAUACGGUCCAACUUGACGAUAUAAUUUAAAUACAAUUAAUGUGUAAAUCUUAGGUCAUCGCCUUUCUUUUUCAUCUAUUUUUUUUUCUUCUUCAAGAUGUUAAAAUUUAUAUUCACUUCCAUCAAAAAUUAGUAUAUUCACUUUUUGUUGUCAUAAAAAGUGUCAGAAUUUCUCAUUAUGAACAAAAAAUAUCGGCAAAUAUCAGUCCGACAACAUGAAUGAAAGAAGAAGAAGAAAAAACAAUCCGAAACAAAAGAAGAAAAAACUGGAAUGAAUAAUCACAAUCAUUUAAUUUAUUAGCUUAACGAUAGCGUUAAAUUACUGAUUGAUUAAUUUUUACCCACUUUUUUUUUAGUUUGUCUUUUCAACAAAAUUGUUUAAUCACAUACAAACAACAUUAUUUCAUAGAUAGCUAAAUGUUUGAUAGUAAUUGUUCGUUUCAAUCAAUUGUUUUCAAAUGGAACAAUCCCGUCAAAGUUAUGUUGUUGCACCCAUAUUCCACCACAAACCAUACACAUACACAAUACGCAACAUUUUGAAACUAAGAGUAAAAACAAACUUCUUUUUCGAAUUAAGUCCGCAGUUUUAUUAUUAUUAUGAUUACUAUAAUUAAUGCUAUUAAACAUAAACAAUUGUUUUAUAUAUAAAUGAGACAAGAUAUUCUCUAAAACUAAACCGUU